AUGGUAAAGGGUUUUGGGUGCUCAAUUUGGUGUGGAAGGGGGCGAUUAUGUAUUGGGGGAGGUUGUGUUUCUGUUUGGUGGAGGAAUUCGAAAAACAUAAGGGAUGGAGUUGGUUUGGUCGAUGGAGGGUGGUUGCUUGAUAACAUGGGUCAGAAGAUUGAAUAUGGGUCUUCUACCCUGUUUUGGAAAGAUCUUUGGCUUGAUGGUAUUUCAUUGAAGGUUAGAUUUAGUAGAAUGUUUGAUUUAACGGUGAAUAAGAUGGAGACUAUAGAAGAAAUGAACAAGUUGGGGUGGGGGAUAAUGGCGAGGCGUGGAAGUGGCGUAGGAGGUUUCUCUACAACAUCUCAAGGAAAUUUAUUGGACCAUCUCUUAGAGUUUGGCGGGCUAGGUGAUGAUAAAACUUGUACCAUCAAUGUAAAAGGGCAAAUUAAAAUUUCUUUGGUUGAUGGUGAUGUGCAUACGUUGAAUGAUGUCAUUUAUGUUCCAGAAUUGAGGAAGAACUUGAUUUCUCUAGGUAGUCUUCAAGCGAAUGGUUAUUCAUUCCGGUCAGAUGCAGAUAGAGACAUCAUGGGGGUUAGCAAGGGUGCAAUGAUAGUGAUGCCGACAAGAAGGAAUGUAUGCAACAUUUAUAAGUUGUUAGGGGGAAUAGUUAUGGGUGAUGUAGCAUAUGCUGAAACUGAUAAUGUUGAAACCAAACUGUGGCACAUGCGUUUGGGUCAUCUUAGUGAAUGUGGCAUGAUGAAACUACAUAAGAAAAAUUUGCUUAUGGGUGUUCACAUUUGCAUUAUUGGAAAGCUAGAGGUUUAUAACCAGACAGGGAGAAAAAUAAAGUAUUUUCAGUCUGAUAAUGAAACUGGAUACACUAACAAGAAGUUCAUGCAUUUCUGUGAUGAGAAUGGAAUCCAUAGGAACUUUUCUGUGAGGAAGACACCACAACAUAAUGGUGUUGCAAUGAGGAUGAGAAGGACUCUGGCGGAGAAGACAAGGUGCCUUUGGUUGAAUGAUGGUCUUUUAAAAGGUUUCUGGGUAGCAACACUCAAUAUGGCAUGUGGACAGGUGAAGUUGAAACGCGAUUGUCCAUUGUCUCCCAUCACUGACCGAUAUAGACAGAAAUAUAGCGAAGGUGCAAGAUUCAAGAAAAUGAACACAAAACUCACCAAAGGUCAUGAAACUGUGAUUGACAUAAAGCAUAAGCCUGUGAGUUUCACUGGUGGACUUGAGUUUGCGUCUCUUACUUACACCGUCGUAAAGAAGAAGAAAAUCGAUGGGAAGUUUUCGAACGAAGACGUGGAUUUGUUGCAUGAUAUAACAGGUUAUGCACCAAAGGGGUGUAUCACUGCUGUAAUGGGACCAAGUGGUGCUGGAAAAUCUACUUUGUUGGAUGGACUUGCUGGGAGGAUUGCAAGUGGGAGUCUUAAGGGGAAAGUUUCGUUGGAUGGAAAUAGCGUGAAUGCGAGUUUGAUUAAGAGAACUUCUGCUUAUAUUAUGCAAGAGGAUAGGCUUUUUCCUAUGCUUACUGUCUAUGAAACUUUGAUGUUUGCUGCUGAUUUCAGAUUGGGGCCAUUGUCAGUUGCUGAUAAGAGGCAGAGAGUUGAGAAGCUUAUUGAACAGCUUGGCUUAUCAUCAUCUAGGAACACCUACAUAGGAGAUGAAGGAACAAGAGGAGUCUCAGGCGGAGAACGCCGCAGAGUCUCAAUCGGCGUAGACAUAAUCCAUGGACCUUCACUCCUUUUCCUAGAUGAACCAACUUCAGGACUAGACUCAACGAGUGCUCUUAGUGUGAUUGAAAAAGUACAUGACAUAGCCAGAAAUGGAAGCACAGUUAUUCUCACAAUCCACCAACCUUCAUCAAGAAUCCAAUCACUCCUUGACCAUCUCAUCAUCCUUGCUAGAGGACAACUCAUGUUUCAAGGAUCAUUCAAAGAUGUAACUCUCCAUUUGAACCGAAUGGGACGAAAAGUUCCGAAAGGAGAGAAUCCAAUUGAGAAUCUCAUUGAUGUGAUACAAGAAUAUGAUCAGAAUGAUGUUGUUGGCGUCGAGGUGCUAGCUGAGUUUGCACGUACCGGAAUGAAACCGCCUCUUUUAAGUGAUAUGGAAGAAAUAAUUUCAUUCACUAACUCUGUCGCGCCUUCGCCUUCUGUGCAUAGAGGCUCUAGAAAUGAUGAAAAAUCUCAAGACUUCUCUUAUUCAUCACAGAUUAGUAGAAGGAGUUUGAAUGAUGAGUUUGAUCAUAGUCUUAGAAGUUCUUAUAAUAACACACCAAUGUCUUGGAGUGCAAGUAAUAGUGCAGCUUUCUUCAAAUUCACACCCUCAAGACUUAAAAAUGAGAACAAGGUGCAGAAACCUUCAAGCCAAGCUUCCCCUUCACCGGGCUACUACACAUACUCAAGCGAAAUCCUUCCGGCUACUCCAACACCACAUAGCAGUGACUACACAGUGAAUGAAAAUGACUACCUCACACCGACAAACGGUUCGCCAGAACAUCUAGGACCAAAGUUUGCGAAUUCCUACAUAGGAGAGACAUGGAUCCUAAUGCGCCGCAACUUCAUAAACAUUCGUCGCACCCCCGAGCUUUUCCUAUCAAGACUAAUGGUCCUCACCUUCAUGGGAUUCAUGAUGGCCACAAUGUUCCAUAAUCCAAAAGAAACCUUACAAGGAAUCACAAACCGUCUCAGUUUCUUCAUCUUCACAGUCUGUCUCUUUUUCUUCUCUUCCAAUGACGCCGUCCCAGCAUUCAUCCAAGAGAGGUUCAUUUUCAUCCGCGAAACUUCGCACAAUGCCUAUAGAGCUUCUUCCUACACCAUAGCUAGCUUAAUCACCCACAUGCCGUUUCUUGCGCUCCAAGCUUUAGCUUAUGCAGCCAUUGUUUGGUUUGCUUUACAACUCAGAGGCCCUUUUAUAUACUUCUUCCUUGUCCUCUUCAUUUCUCUUCUUUCAACCAAUUCGUUCGUCGUGUUUGUGAGUUCGGUAGUUCCAAACUAUAUCUUAGGCUAUGCUGCAGUCAUUGCCUUCACCGCAUUGUUCUUCCUGUUCUGCGGAUACUUCUUGAGCAGUGAGGAUAUGCCACUUUAUUGGCGUUGGAUGAACAAGAUUUCGACUAUGACGUACCCUUACGAAGGACUCUUGAUGAAUCAAUAUCAGACUAAUGAUACUUUUGGAACAAAUGAUGGUGUACCUGUCACUGGUUUUGAUAUAUUGAAUAGUCUUCAUAUUGGUACUGAGGAGUUUAAGAAGAGGAAUAAUGUGCUUAUAAUGUUAGGUUGGGCUGUGUUAUAUAGGAUUUUAUUUUACAUUAUUCUUCGUUUCGCAUCGAAAAAUCAAAGGUCCUAG